AUGGCAAACAAAUCUGAGCCCCAUAACCACGAAACUUCGGCAUUCAAAGACCCUUUCUCCGACCCUGCGAAUUUGAAAUAUGAGACUGAUCUCGAGCAAUCGGAAUCAAUUGCAGCAAAUGGUUUAUUGGAAGCCCUAGGAUAUGAACCUGAACUCACUAGAAAUCGAUCAACUCUUCAAGUGGCAUUCAUGUCCUUCGUUCUCGCGUCUAUUCCUUACGGAUUAGCAACAACGUUCAUCUACCCACUUGUGGGGGGAGGCUCUGUCAAUAUCAUUUGGGGCUGGUUGAUUGUUUCCAUGGUUAUCCUUUGCGUGGCAUCCUCGCUUGGAGAAAUCACCUCGGUCUACCCAACUGCGGGUGGUGUAUAUUAUCAAACAUUUAUGCUCUCACCUCCCCAUUAUCGACGGAUUGUCGCGUGGAUAUGCGGCUGGUCAUAUGUGGUUGGUAACGUUAUGAUAACGCUCGCUGUUAAUUUUGGCUCCGCGCAAUUUCUCAUUGCUUGCAUCAACGUCUUCGAAGUUUCGCCUGGGGUAGGGGUUUUUGAAGCGACAACGUAUCAGACAUUCCUGAUUUUCUUUGCUAUUACACUUCUGUGUAAUGCAGUCUCAUCAUUGGGAAAUAAAUGGUUACCUUAUAUUGACACAUUCGCAAUUUUCUGGACUUUUGCUGGAAUCUUAGCCAUUGUGAUUUGCACAUUAGUAAUUGCCAAAAAUGGCCGGCAUAGUGGUGAAUUUGUGUUCACAAACUUUGAUCCUCAAUCAGGCUGGCCUGUGGGCUGGUCUUUCUGUGUCGGUCUGCUACAGGCAGCAUAUACAACCUCUUCCACCGGGAUGGUGAUUUCUAUGUGCGAGGAAGUACAACAACCAUCCAAGCAAGUCCCAAGAGCAAUGAUUGGAACAGUCAUUCUUAAUACGAUUGCCGGGUUUCUUUUCCUCAUUCCAUUAGUGUUUGUGUUACCAAAUACUGAAGAGCUUAUAGCCCUCCAAUCAGGACAACCUGUACCCAGCAUCAUCAAAUCUGCCAUCGGUAAUUCAAUUGGCUCAUUCCUUUUGCUCUUGCCUCUCGCUGUACUCGCCAUAAUCUGCGGAGUGGGAUGUACGACCACCGUCUCACGAUCUAUCUGGGCAUUUGCGCGUGAUGAUGGUAUUCCCUACUCCAGUAAGUGGAGAACGGUGAAUCAAAAAUUGAAUGUCCCUUUGAAUGCUAUGAUACUGGGUAUGGCAGUUGAGAUCGCCCUUGGAUUGAUAUAUUUUGGGUCAAGUGCUGCUUUCAAUGCUUUCUCUGGAGUCGGUGUUAUCACUCUCACGGUUAGCUAUGCUUGUCCGAUCGCAGUCUCUUUCAUCGGUGGUCGACGCCAAAUCAAGAAUGGACAAUUUGACCUUGGACGACUCGGGGUAUUCUGCAACAUUGUGGCAUUAGCUUGGAGCGUUCUCGCUGUGCCCUUGUUUUGCAUGCCCUCGUCUAUUGCUGUCACGGCCGAGACUGUCAACUAUGCCCCCGUGGUAUUUGUUGCGUUUAUUUUGAUUGCCACGGGUUGGUACUGGCUGUGGGGGUGCAAAAAAUAUGCCGGACCACCUACUGCCGAUGAUGCUGUAAUUGACCUUCGUCUUUCUGGCAUAUGA